UGCCCACCACUCUCGGCCCUGCGGUCUCUACUGCCCGGGAGCUGACCUGAAGGUCCCGCUGUCCUCGCGCUCCAGUGGCGGGGCCUCCGCGCGAUGUCUGCUUUGGGACAUGGCGAGAAGAGACAGCUAGGCAGCGCGAGAAAGAGUGGUGCGGAACGGCGUUCUCGCUCCCCGCGUCGGCCGGUCCCCGAGAGGAGCUCUCCAGCACUACAGCCUCCUUCGACUCCCCCUCUCCUCGCUGCUUGCGUCCCUCUUGCGAAAGGGACAGGCGGGGCCGGGUGGGGGAGGGAGAGGAGGGGACAGCGCUACGGCGCCGGCCACACCCCCUCGCUGUCGGACUCCCGGCCCUGCUCCAGGCCAGGCUCCGCCCCCCUGCUCUCCAAGGCCCGCCCCUCCGCAGCUCCAACUCUUCCCAGCUCUCGCCCCCGCCCCCUUCGGCUCCCGGGACUUCAUGGUGCCCGGCCCCGCCCCUCUCCAGGUCCCGCCCCCUCUGCCCUCGCAGGCUUUUCCCAGCUCCCGCCUGCCUUCCACUUAGGCUCCCGCGGCUUCCUGACUGGUCUUUUGCCUCCCGCUGUAGCUGCGCUUGGAGCCGGAGUUUUGGGGCCUUAGAGGGAGGUGGUUUCCUCCCCGGAAAUAAAGCUUAUUCUUGUGGGCUCAGGGUCCGUGAGGCCAGAAGUCCAAUGUGUUUGAGUGGUGGGGAGAACAAUCUGGGGACAGGUUCACUUUAAGAAAGAUUUGAAAAUGCAAAAAAAAGAUUUGAAAAUACAAAAUUGCUAGGGAAGCUCCCAGAACCUGGCGACGAAAUUUGAGACCCUUGAUUUAUGGACUCCUGGGAGCUGCUGUUGGCUUUCCCAGCCUUUGCGUCCUGCCUCCUAGCACACUGGGGCGUCUGGAGACCCUCCUCUCCCGCUGGGCGGGCUCCUUUGUCUUGGAGGCGUUCGUGGCAAUUUGGACGGUGGACCAGUAGAGCCGGCAAAGCGCAUUAGGUGUAAAGGAAGGCCUUUCUAUACGCCAGGUUCCAGUGUUGUCGGUUGUAAUCGCGUUGGUGGAUGCACCACCUUUAAUGGGGAUUAGGCCGCGACAUGAGUUGUGUCGUCUCUUUAAAUGCUUUCCACUUGCUGAAAUGGCUCCCUGUGCUUACAAGGUAUUCUGAAGAUGGUUUUGCACAAUACUGUUUUCACAAAGCACAUUCUUUAAAGUACGGUUUGGGUUGCAUGUGAGCCCUGGAUACUUGAAUGCAAGUGAAAACAAACAAACAAACAAACAAAAAACAAUCUAAUCAAAUUAAUUCCCAUUAUUUGAGAAUUAAAUACACGACGAAUAUAUGCGUGUAUAUUAACUAAUACCCAACGGUAUUAGUUUUAGUGAACACCUUUUAAGGACCAAAGAGAUCCUGAACGUUUAUAUUAAAACCGAUGGCACUGCAAUAUUUUAGUUCAGAGUUGCUUCUAAAAUAUAUUUUUAGCUAUAAAAUUCCUUAAAAACAAGCCAAAACCGCUAAUAGAUCUCUUUACAGGUUAAAUAAAGACUAAAUAAAAACAGGUUAAGUAAUGACUAAAUAAAAACAAAGUAAGUGCGACAGGAGUCCAUUUCAGGUGACAUGGACUGAGUGCCUAGCUUCUUAGUAAGAAAACAUUGCAUAAUAGUUUAUAGUUUUUUAAAUGUGUAACGUGGCUUUAAUUUAGUAUUCUGUAAAAAUCUGCAGGCGAUUGUUUCCCUAUAUUCUGUGAAUUUAUAUUUAAUAUUAAGCACCUGGUUUUGUGAACUUGCAGAUGUGAAAAUGUUCCUGCAUGAACUGUUUGGCCUGGUGAACUUGUGAAGGAAUUCCCUUUGGACUAGGUCCAUUCUAGAUAGUAUCCAGGACUAAUGUUAGUGCCUAAAUUGCAGCAUUUCCCAUGGGGCUAUCUGCUUCCCUCAGAAUUGGCCCAUUGCUACUGGAAAAUCACUAUCAACCAUGAUUCUCAUCAAGGACAUCAAUAGUAUGUUUGAAUUGGUUUUCUUUGUAUGUUUUAGUGCUAUAAAUUGCCAGUCCAAAUUAAACUUGCUUUUAGUAUAUCAUUUUACACCGUUGAUCUAUUAUUCAUUACUUGAGCACAUGAAGCGAGGCAGCAUUGUGAAGUCUACACUGGUAAACUACUUGGUGAAAGCAUGUUUUGUAUUUUUAACGUGCGUAAUUGUAUUUAAGAUCAAGUGAGCUAGUUUUGUGCCUGGUUUUCUUGUUUUAAAAUGGAUUUGUUACCUGGGGGUUGCAGUUGAUGACGUUUUGAUAUUAAUAUGUUUGCUGCUGCUACCAAGAGCUUUGUCAAGCAAGUUGGAAAUGGAGGGAGAUUAGUUCCUGUUCCAAGCCUCAGUGAAGCUGACAAAUACCAGCCUCUCAGUCUGGUGGUUAAAAAGAAGCGAUGCUUUCUGUUUCCUAGAUAUAAAUUUACCUCAACACCUUUUACACUGAAAGAUAUUCUACUAGGAGACAGAGAAAUUUCAGCUGGUAUUUCAUCUUAUCAAUUACUGAAUUAUGAAGAUGAAUCAGAUGUUUCACUUUAUGGAAGGCGAGGCAACCAUAUUGUAAAUGACGUUGGGAUUAAUGUUACUGGAUCAGAUUCCAUUGCAGUAAAAGCUUCAUUUGGUGUAGUAACCAAACAUGAAGUGGAAGUAUCAACAUUACUCAAGGAAAUUACUACCCGAAAAAUUAACUUCGACCACAGCUUGAUACGUCAGUCACGGAGCAGCAGAAAGGCUGUGCUGUGCGUGGUCAUGGAAAGCAUUAGAACCACGCGACAGUGCUCCCUGUCUGUGCAUGCUGGCAUUCGAGGGGAGGCCAUGCGGUUUCAUUUUAUGGAUGAACAGAACCCCAAGGGAAGGGACAAAGCUAUUGUUUUUCCAGCACAUACAACCAUAGCUUUCAGUGUUUUUGAACUCUUCAUUUACCUGGAUGGUGCCUUCGACCUUUGUGUCACUUCAGUGUCAAAAGGAGGAUUUGAAAGGGAAGAAACACCAACGUUUGCACUGCUCUACAGACUGAGAAAUAUACUAUUUGAAAGAAACAGAAGAGUGAUGGAUGCCAUUUCUCGUUCACAGCUUUACUUGGAUGAUCUUUUUUCUGAGUACUACGACAAACCUCUCAGCAUGACUGAUAUUUCACUCAAGGAAGGGACUCAUAUCCGAGUUAACUUACUUAAUCACAACAUUCCUAAAGGGCCUUGCAUACUCUGUGGAAUGGGGAACUUAAAAAGGGAGACAGUCUAUGGGUGCUUUCAGUGUUCUGUAGAUGGACAGAAGUAUGUGAGACUUCAUGCAGUCCCCUGUUUUGAUAUUUGGCACAAGAGAAUGAAAUAAAAAGAAAUGUACAAUAUGCU